UUAACAAAGCAUACUUUGUUUUUUUAUUUUUCCAUAUCUUUUUUUAACUUGGCAAAAAACUUGCCUUGCUUUGUAUCCAUUGGACAUCCAUUGUUGUAGGAAAUUGUUUUUUUACCUAAAAUGCUCAAUAUUUACAUGCUAAAAUUUUGAUUUUAUAAAUAAAUUCCCAAGAAUACUUCCUUAAUAAAAUAUGGCAACAUCAGUAUUCUACAGUAUCUUAAAACUCUACUUAUCUUGGAAUAUCUGCUAUAUAGUCCAGAUGUUUUCUUUAUGGUUGUCUUGACCUUGCAGUACAUGUUAGUUUAUAUCUGCAAAAAGCAGCCACUGUACCUUUUCUGUAUCAGAAAUGACAGUGAGGGAGGAUAUGGAAACUUUGAAAGAACAACAUUACAAAAAAUCAUUUUUCCAACUCCCCUUAAUCAUGCUUGAUUCAUGUGAGGCCUGUAUAUAUUUACCAAGAUAGUCUCUUGGUUUAGGUUAGAUAGUCCCCUAACCUAAAACAUAGUGAGCACCUGACGAAAUAAUGGAAGAUCUUAGUGCAAAGGCAUCUGCAGGGGCAAAUAACAUGUUGAUUAUGUCAUCAUUCAGAUGCAAUGACUUAUGUUCUUGUGUCAGAUGUUAGGAUACAAGUACAUACUAUUAGCAUUUGUGUGAUGCUGUCAUAAUGCACAUCAUUUUGAUGUUCCUGUAAUUUGCUGAAGGCAAGAUUGUAGCAGGUUUGCUACAGUUUGAACAUACAGUCCCCUAUUCCAGCAGUGCCUUUUUGGCUCCUGGGACCAGUUUCAUGGAAGACAAUAUUUCCACGGAUCUGGGGGGAGGGAGAUGGUUUCAAUUGCUUACCUCCAGCUGUGUAGCCCAGUUCCUAACAGGCCAUGGACCAGUACUGGGGAGCCCCUGCCCUAGUCAUUAUGUGAAUUGCUUUCACACAUACAUCUGAGCAGCUUACUGAUGUUAAACGAUUCUUUUUUACAGUGGUAUUUUAUGAUAACAUAGCAAGUAACUUUGCCCACAUGAGCUUAUUUUAAAAGAGGCCCUUGUUUAUGGAGUAAACUUGUGACCAUAAAAUGAAAUGAUUUUUGUUAACGGAUGUCCUAAAUAGGGAAUCAGCUCAUAAUGUAAGUCGAAACGUAAGGGACCUUAAUAAAUGGAGACUGUGCUUGCUUGUAUUUUUUUAAUUGAGAAUUAAACAGGACAUUGCCUUUGGGGUUGGGAUGAGAACUCAACCCAUCUUUUACCUGGGUUAAGACUAGCAGUUAAGACUAGUAGUAGACAAAAUAAUUUCUAAUUUAAAAAGUGCUAAAGUGUGAGAAACCUCUGGAAGGGCUACAAUUUGUAAAGAUACAACAUGGUUUGAAAAUAAUAGUAGAAGAAAAAGUAAGCAGCUUUAAUUCAGAAAGGAAAAUGGGCAGAUUGACAGAGGUGGACUGUAGCAGUACAUACUUUCUCAUAUUUUAAUUAAAUUCAGAUAAGCACUGAGGAAUAUAUGCUGUUUAUUUCAAAGGAAGCAUGUCUCAAACCCCUAGGACUGCUGGAGACCCUUAACUAAUUGUCAUAUCAUCUAAUUGUCAGUUUUGGAAGACAGUUUUCUUUUUGCUUCUUAACUGUCACAUAUUUUAGCUGGGGAAGUUGGGAGGGGGUUGUUGUUGGAGCGAUAGAAAGUUAGUCAUAACAACAUUCCGUAUUCAAGGACUUUUGCCUGUGUCUGAUGUAGACUGCCUGAAGAUUGUAUCCAAUUGAGUGUGAAGAGUUGAUUGGACAAUGUGAUGAACUUAUGGGUGUGGGGCAGGGCUGUGAACUGUCAACUGGGUAUGGAAAACCUGGAAGCUUUCAGUUUCGGGUUUUCCCAGCUGUCCCAACAUGACAUCUCUAAUAAAUUGGAACUUUGAGGAACCUCAAGCCUCAGAGCUUUAUUUUGUUGGGGGUGUUCCUUGGAACCCUGAACAUGAAUGUUCUUUUCUUGGGAUGCUCAUCUUCAAUUAUUCAGGAGAGGGCCUGGCAAAACAACCAUGUACACAAGGAACUAAAUGUGUUAUUGAAAGCUGAUAUAGCAAUUUUUUUUGAAGGUACUGUAGUGUAUUUACCUCAAAUAGUGCCCUUUCCUUAGAUUUAGAUUUAGAUUUAUUAGAUUUUUAUACUGCCCUUCUCCCGAAGGACUCAGGGCGGUUCACAGCCAGAAUAAAACAAUAUUUAUGUACACAAUAAAACAAAAAUUAAAAAACUUAUUGAAUAUCAGGCCUAAAUUAAAACCAUUUAAAACCAUAAAAACCCCGUAAAAUUUAUAUCAGAAUAUUAAAAGCUACUAAAAAUUUCUAUGCCAGUCCUGCGUGAAUAAAUAGGUAAGUCUUCAACUCGCGGCGGAAGGUCCGAAGGUCAGGCAGUUGACGGAGUCCUGGGGGAAGUUCAUUCCAGAGGGUGGGAGCCCCCACAGAGAAGGCCCUUCCCCUGGGGGCCGCCAGCCGACAUUGCUUGGCGGACGGCACCCUGAGGAGUCCCUCUCUGUGAGAGCGCACGGGUCGGUGGGAGGCAAUCGGUAGCAGUAGGCGGUCCCAUAAGUAACCCUUCUCUUUCCUUCCCUCUCAUUCUUUCCCCUUCCAACCCCCUCUGGAUACCUCAACAAAUUAUACAUCAGUUGGUCAACAAAUUAUAUACUUCAGUAGAUCGCAGAAUCAGAGUAUCUUGCUUGAUAUCUUCUCUGGAUAAUUUACUUUCUGCCCUGCUGAGAGGAUGUAGUGUUAAUGAUAGCAGAAUCCGGUUCAGUUGCCAAUUUUUCUAACCACAAGUAUUUCUGUACUUUGCUAUUGUAAAAUUGUGUGAAUGCCUCACACACUCACAAUUCCAUACAUUCAAAGACUGUUCUUCACAUAUUUUGAGUGUGAAUGUCUCCAGGAGAAAGAUGUCAGUUCAAUGAUGUUCGAGAGGAUCAUGGAGAAAAUGAAAUCCAAGACGAGGUUGCCCCUGAAACCACUACACCAAAUGGAAAUUGCUUGAGAAAUGGUAACACUGAAGUUUUUAAAGGGAAAAGAAAAGUCCGAGAGCAAUGUGAAAACAGAAGAAGAAACUCUUCCAGUAGUAAACAAUCAAGCCAGCUUCAAAAUGGAGAAGUGGUUGAAUCCGUUACAUUGUUUGAGGUGGUCAGUAUGGGGAAAAGAGCUAUGCAGCCUGUGAUAGAUGACUGGAUUGAAGCCUACAAAAAAGAUAGAGAUGUGGCACUUCUGGAUCUCAUUAACUUCUUCAUUCAGUGUUCAGGCUGUCAAGGAAUGGUUACUGCAGAGAUGUUCCAAAGUUUACAGAACUGUGAAGUGAUGCAUAAAAUGACAGAGAAAUUCGAUGAAGAAACAGGAUUGCAAUAUAAAAGGUUUAUGGCUUAUCCCUGGAUUUUGACUGUUACUUGGCCAGUGGACAUGGGCAAUGAAGACUAUCCACUCAUCAAACCAGGGUCCUAUUGGAAGAAGUUCAGAACAAAUUUUUGUGAAUUCACUGCAGUACUAGUCCAACAAUGUCAGUACAGCAUUUUGUAUGACAGCUAUUUGAUGGACACAAUCAUCUCUCUCCUUACCGGUUUGGCAGAUUCCAUGGUCAGAGCAUUCAGGCAUACCAGUACAUUGGCAGCUAUGAAACUUCUUACAGCACUUGUAAAUCUAAAUCUAAAUCUCGAAGUAAGUAAAGAUAACCUGGAAAGAUUAUAUGAGGUAGAAAAGAAGAGGAUCGUGGGAAAGAAAAUCAAUUCUAGACUGGACCAGCUUGAGAGAAAAAAGAGAGAGUAUGAACAGAAAUCUCUGGAAGUAGAAAAUAUGAUGAAUGCGAUUUUUAAGGGGACCUUUUUGCCACGUUACCGUGAUAUUAUUCCAGAAAUCCGGGCUAUUUGCAUUGAGGAAAUGGGCAGCUGGAUGAGAAUUUAUCCUGAUACAUUCCUAAAUGAUAGUUACUUGAAAUAUCUUGGAUGGAUGCUGUAUGAUAAACAUGCUGAAGUACGGCUGAAGUGCCUUCAGGCACUACAGGGAAUAUAUAGUCAAAAAGAAGUUGUUUGUAAAAUGGAUCUAUUUACUAGCAGGUUCAAGGAUCGCAUUGUGUCCAUGGCUCUGGACAGGGACCAUGAAGUAACGGUUCAAGCCAUGAAACUCUUGAUGGUUAUGUCACAGAACUGUGAAGAUGCCUUAUCAUCUGAAGACUGUGAAAACUUGUACCAGUUUGUUUAUAGCAUACACCGACCAUUGGCUGUAGCAGCUGGGGAAUUACUUUACAAAAGAUUGAUUAUCCAGGAAAUUGAGACAGAAUCAUUCAUCAAAACAAAUGGAAACCAGGAACGUAUUACUAGCCAGCUGAAAACACUAAUAGUUUUUUUCUUGGAAAGUGAGCUGCAUAACCACGUCACAUAUCUUAUAGACAGCCUGUGGGAUUGGGCCGUGAAUUUAUUGAAACAUUGGGAGUGCAUGACAGCUCUCUUACUGGAGGAUGCCAGAGAAUAUGAAAGAGCACUGAGUGAUAUCCAGGAGAGUGCCCUCAUUGAAAUAAUCUUAGCGACUGUUCGACAAGCUGUUGAAGGUCCUCCCACAGGCAGGGGAGGAAUCAGGAAAAUCUUGUCUACCAAAGAGAAGAAAAUACAAAUGGAAGAUUGUGCUAAAAUUACUGAACACUUUAUUGUGGUGCUUCCUCGACUCUUGGCAAAGUAUUCACUAGAUACAGAAAAAGUGACAAACCUUCUGCAGAUCUCACAGUAUUUUGAUUUAGAGCGGUACAGUACUGGUUCAUUCAAUAAGAACCUCGAUGCUUUAUUGAGAGAGGUAAAAGCCAUUGUAAUGAUACACUCCAACACUAAUAUCCUAGAGACCUGCUCCAGGGUAUACAGUAUUCUUUCCAGAGAAGAACUUACCGUUCAUAACCAAGUGGCUUUUGCUAGAGCUGAACUGAUGAAUGAAUUGGUGGAGAAACUAGAUCAACUACUAGGCAUUUUUUGGCAUAAGGAAGAUGGUGUUUCUGCAGAAGAAGAAGGAAUUCAGAAUCUGACCACCUCUUUGAGACAAAUAGCUGCUUUUCAUAAUGCCCAUGAUCUCACCAAAUGGAACCUGUAUGACAAGAUGCAUAAACUACUAGUUUCUGAGUUGGAACAGAGACCUUUAUCUGUUCAGAUUCUUUUGCCUUCUUUACAAUGUGCUUAUUUUGCACUACUUUGGCAGCUCCCUUCAAUGGCAGAGUCUCCAUCUUCCAAGGAAAAUAUAUUUCUUUUGAGGACACACUUGAGGCAAUACUGCAAUAUUUGCACAAGCUACCUCAGCCACCAUAACAGAGACUUACGUGAAAAGGCUUUUAUGAUACUGUGUGAUCUACUGUUAAUUCUAAGUCAUCAGGAUUCAAGCAAUAACAAUGCUGCUGGGUUACUGGAAUAUCUUCCCAGUACAUCUCUUCAGACAAAAAUGCUCUUAUUUAUUCGGGAUCAUGUUUUUGGAGAGGAAGAAGAAGAAACCAAAGAUAUGAGAGAAAGUGAUGUGAAGAUAAAGGAGAACCAGAAGCUAGAUGCUUUGCAUUUAAAGCGAUGCCUCCUUGCAGCUUACUGCAAAUUGAUCAUCUGUAAUGUUGUUGAGAUAACAGCUGCUGCUGAAAUCUAUAAACAUUAUGUGAAGGCAUAUAAUGACUUUGGAGAUAUAAUUAAAGAGACUUUGAGCCGGACAAGGCACAACAACAAAAUUCAAAGUGCAAGAACAUUGAUCCUCUGCUUACAGCAGCUGUUUCAGAAGCAUAUUGAAAGCCAAGGUGAUGGCAGCAAUAGCAGCAAUAACUUGGAUUCCUCCUUCAACAACAUUAAAGAGCUUGCCCGGCGCUUUUCUUUGACAUUUGGCUGGGACCAGGUGAAAAGUCGAGAAUCAGUAGCUAUGAUACACAAGGAAGGUAUUGAAUUCGCCUUCCAAGGGGCAGUUGGAAUUGAAGAGAAGUGCCUACCUCCUAAUUUAAAUUUUCUCAUCAUCCUCAGUGAAUUCUCCAAUAAGCUUCUAAAGCCUGAUAAAAGACUUGUAUAUAGUUAUUUGCUAAGAUAUAUACCUGAAACAGCACUUUGUAAAGAAGAUACUUGGCACUCAGUGGCUUGGUACAGAACUUCUUUGUUGGCUAGUGAUGAUGAUGAGAAUUCUGCUAUCAACAGCUCACAAGAGUGGCCAUCUGUUACCAUUACUAGGACAUCGUCUUUUAAAAGGAAAUUAUCUGAAGGAUCUUGGUCUAAAAUGAGUCACACAGACAGAGCAAAUAGGACUUCUGAGACUCAUCAUCUAUCUUGCUUGCCUUCCCUGGGACUGAGAAACAGGAAGAGGCUAAAAUCUCAUGAUAGUUAUCACCAAGAAUAUUCCCUCCCAUUGGAUUCUGCAACCCCAAAGAGAAAACAUAGCAUCCAGCCUCCAGUCAAGGAAGAAGAUGUGGGGGAGGCUCCCCUUGAAGAAGCCGAUAUUGAUGUUGUUGGCGCUGAGCAGGAUACAUAAAAGAGGAAGAUUGCUGAAAAUGCCUCUACUUUUUAUGUAAACAAAUAAUUAAAAAAAGCCAACCAGAAAGGUAAAAUUGGUUUUGAACUAUUUUUGCAAGAAUUAUUCAGAUGCCCGAUUGGUAGAACUCAACAUGGACCGGUAAAUUUAUAUAAAAUGGAAACUUCUUCAGCCAGUAUUUUCUAUACUUUCUGAUGUUACCAGCUCACACACAAUUUUUGUAAGCAUACUUGAUUUUCUACCCAGAAUGUAGUUCUAGACUCUGUAGACUAUUAAGAAGCUACAGCUCAGUAUUCUAUGGCAAAAUGGAAAAGAAGAAACUUUAAAUAAGGUAGACAAUCUGUUUUCAAGAGGAAAAGCCAGAAGAUUGAAAGAAAGAGCAAAAUUAUAAAAAUUAAUGUAAAUCAGAAAAAAUACACAAACUUUGCUUCUUGUGUGCUGCCUUGGGUAUCACAACAAAAUGUUCACUUUGCUAAAAUGUUUAUCACAUUUUUUUUUAAAAAAAGGCAUUUCAUUUCACAUUUUUAUAUUCAGCUGUUUGUAAAAUAAACUGAGUGAUCUGUUC